AUGCUGAGGGGGCGUUGUUGCUUUACGAGAUUCCGUCGGACUGCGCAGACUCCUCCGCACUGCGACGUCGUCCGUCUCAGCCACAGACAGACAGACAGACAGACAGACAGCACAACCCCUCAGCAGCAGCGUCAUCACCACUGCUACUACAGACGAGCAAGCACUGAACCAUUCCUUGCCAAGAACAGACUCACGUCUAGAAGCUCAACCCCACUCCAUCGCCCGAAUCCAACUCAACUCAACUCAUCUCACCAUCUCACCAUCUCCCAACCGCUUCGCACCACAACAAUGCCCACCGCCCGCAUCCUAACCCUCAACUUCUUCCUCCGCCCCCCCGGCAUCUCCGAACCCUCCUCCAAAGGCGACUGGAAAGGCGAGCGCGCAACCCUCUUCGCCGACCUCGAGUUCGCAAACUACGACAUUAUCUCGUUCCAGGAGACGUUUGGCGCACUUAGCGACAGGCGUAAGAAGCUCAUUGCGGCGGCGAAGGAGAAAGGGUUUAUUUAUCAUGCGGCGGGGAAAGUGCCUAGUGUUGCGACGCUUAGGAUCGAUGCCGGGUUGUUGGUGUUGAGCAGGUUUCCAGUGACUGUGACGGAGGAGUGGACUUUUCAAAGAGGGACUGAAAUUGGUGAUUGGUUUGCUGCGAAAGGCGUGUUGUACAGCAAGAUCCAACUGCAAGCGGCAUCAGAGAGUACAAAAGAGAAAACCCUUCACCUCUUCUCAACGCACUUCCAGUCCACCGACAGUCCAAAAGCUCUGAUCCUCCGUCACAAGCAAUACCACCAAUCCAAAGCCUUCAUCGACUCGACGCUAGCCAAGCACGCGCCAAAGUUCAACUCCGAUACUGACACGGUGCUGUUCGUCGGUGACAUGAAUGUUGAUGCGCGUGCGAGUGGCGAUGAUGGUGUUGGGCAUGGGAGGGAGUAUCUGACCAUGAAGGAGAUUUAUGAAGGCGGAAGUUUGGGGGAUGGCGCGAAGGGUGAGGAGAAGCCGGCGAAUGCUGCGAGUGCGCCAAAGUAUGAGAUUGGGGAUAUUUGUUAUGAGACGAUGGGGGAGCAUCCUAUCACGACUUCCAGGCUACGAGUCGGACCCAACCACGAAGCACCCGACCGCAAAUGCAUUGAUUUCAUCCUCCAAUUCCGGCCCCUAUCUGCCACGGCUGCUCCGACCGAUGACACUACCACGACAACAACAACCCCCCCAGCAGUAAAAUUCGACCGCGUACGCAUCGAGAAGUUCGUGAUUGACAACCAACCAUUCAGCUUCUUGAGCGACCAUUUUGGGGUUGCUGCUGAUUUGACGUGGUAG